UAAUGUAAGCACUGUUAACUACCCAAUCGUGUGGCAACUAUGAUAGUAUGGCAACUAUGCUCGUGAAACAUUGAGUGGAGAAGCAAACUUUGCCCCAUAUGGAACGUAAUGCCAGGCGAGAAGAUAAGAGGAAAACAAAUUGAUAAGGCAAGAUAAGAUAGAUCAAAAUAAUUUAUCGAUGAGUGUUUGGUUUGUAUGGCAAGUGCCAGUUUUGUGAAGACUGUUGCAAAGAAAGUGUUUUUCGUACCGGACAGCAAAAAAAAAAAACUGGUGGAAAGUUCAGUCAAUUGCGGUUCGAACACUACGUAUUCAGCGUUGAAACUACACAAUAUUGCAUAUCCAGAAUGGCAUACCCGAAACUCAUUGAUCCGGAAAUUACACCACUUGUGGUGUACGAAAGCAGCAUCAAGUCUGGAACACAUGGUGAUGUGUACCAAAAGCAGUUAGCCCAACUUCUUUUGCUUAGACUGGCACGAGAAGGGAAGGAUUUCAACUUGGCUUACGAACUGACACUCGCGGAUAAGUUUGAUGACGUGGUACUGUACGAUAAGGUAGCCAAGCAAUGGACUUUUCUACAAUCAAAACAUGCCGACGGCAAAGAUUCAAGGAUAGAUCUCAAUGGCUUGCUUCCAAAAGCGAAUCGGGAGAAAGGAGAUUUCAGUUUGUACAAAUAUUUCACUUCGUACAUGAUAAUUCGAAACAGGUUCAAAGGCAAAACCAACUUUGUGUUGUUCACCAACAAAAAACUAGAUGAAAAGUUGAAAACUGCUGAAGAUUACGUGACAAUCAAGAAUCGAUAUGUAGAUGAAUAUCUUCGCUUUACAUCUGAUGGAGCAACCCAAAAGUUACUUAUACCGAGUGAAACUACAAUACAAUCAAUCGUGGAAUACACCAACAAAGAUUUAUAUUCCCUAAACGACGCUAUUAAGCAACUUUUCACUAAAGGAAUCAUUGCCGAUCAACUUAUAAAGUACAAAGCAUAUUUGAAAGAUGUUUUGAAGGAGUCGGGAAACAAUCAAAUAAGAUUCACAGAAACAUUUGACGAAUCACUGAUUUUUAUUUCUGAAUUGUACAAAGAGCUUCAAUCAGAGCUACAGCAUUUUAAACCUAUUGGUAAACCACUAGAACUCGAUAUCAAAGGUAUAGAAUAUGGUGCUAAAAAUUUUCUAUCAGUGGAUCUCAAACAUCUAGCUGAUGCCAUCGGAAAUCUUUUUCGCAACGGGGUUGUAUCUGAUUAUUUGAAAAAGUACGAAGAUCUUCUAGGUUUGAUCUUGACAACGACUGCACAUGGCCAGCUAACAUUCAAAGAAACAUUCAAUAAUGAUGUAGUCCCUAAAGCUGAAUUGUAUAGAAUGCUGAAAGCUGAAUUGAGUGACAUGGAUAAAGUGGUUACAUUGAAGCAGAAAUUUUUUGAUGGAAGGGAUUUACGGACCAAACACCAUUCAGUAUUGUUCUAUGCGGAGGCAUCUGAUGUGAGACAAUUUUUUGAGCUACUCGCUUUAUCUGUGGAUCAACCGGAUGAAUUGGAACCAUUCAUCAUCGACGAAUUGAACCUAUGGAUGAGAAUGUGGGUGCAACCUGAUGUUUUAGGUAAGCUGACCGAAUACCAUUAUAAAGAUGCUGUGAAGGAUUUAGAUGAUCAUUUUGAAGCAACACUAAAAAGCGAACAAGGUAAUUCCAAACCAUAUUUAAAUCAGCAAUAUGUUUCGCAGUAUUGCAGCAAGUUACGGCUGAGAAUCGCAGAAUCGUAUCCAGAAUUGAAUGAUACGAAUCUGUUAUAUAUUACCAGAAUGAUAAAAUUUGAAAAUGAGGUUAUCGACGAACCACAAUUUUUAAAAGCUCCUCAAUGUGAUGGAUGCACAACAGCUGUCUUAAGUCCUAAUUCAGAAGAAUCUUGUUCUUUCGAUGACAAUACACCAGAAAAUGAACAUGGAAUGGACGAUAGGGUAUCUCUAUCUAACAAAACUUGUGAGGAAAUGACAGAUGGUGAAUUUGCUGCAAAUCUGAGGUUAAAGUUUUCACAGUAUCAGUGUUUAGUUUUGACGGCGGACCCUGGGGUAGGUAAAACGAAACUUCUUCAAUACCUUGCCUUUGAACUUCAAAAACUGAAGUCAGGAACUGUUUACCUAUUUUACUUAAACAGACUACAAUAUUCUACGGAAGCUUUCGUCAAUGAAGCAUCAUUGAAUAUCUUUAAAACUGUGUUAUCUGACAAGAAUAUUAGGCUGAUACAGAACGCUUUGGGAAAUAAGUCUGAUGAACCUAUUAUAAUACUGUUUGAUGGGUAUGACGAAAUACAUAAGAAAAAUAUUGAAAAAAUAAAUAGACUGUUAGUAUUAUUGUUCACAUCAAAACAAAUUCAGAUUAUCAUUAGUGUAAGAAAUUAUGAGAAAAAUCCACUGCAAGAGUUUUUCGAAGAAUUUAAGAUUAAUGUCGGAUACUUUUUUUUAGAGGCGUUCAGCAAGGAAAACAUUAUUGAAUACCUCACACAGUCUUGGAAAGAAAAACAAGAGAGUGGUGAGGAUUUCAAAUUUUACACAUAUUCUAAAUUCUUGGUUGAUAAAUUCUAUAGCUUGUGCAGAGUUCCAUUGAUGGUUGAAAUGAUGUCGAAAAUAUACAAACAGCGUUUUGAACAAUUCAAAGAAACAAGUAUGAUCGAUGAACAAGAUGAAAUAAGCUAUUUAGAAAAGGAGUUUUACGAAGUUGAACACAUUUACGAAAUGUUCAUAGAAAAUUGUUUACUAGUAAAAAUAGAGGAUGCUUGUCAUGGCAUUGGCAAAGUCGAUACGAAUAAACAAAUUUUUGAUGGAUUUCAUCUUGAUCAUCAACUGCUAGCAAUAGAGUUUCUUGAUGUUGGUGAGCUUAAACUUAUCCUAAAAAACCCAAAAUACAUGAAAAAAUGGGACUAUAUUCUGAAAAAUCAACAAAACCAGUUUGAAAAAUCAAUUUUACUGAAUUUUGUUGACGGUAAAUUUUCGUUUUCUCAUCAUUCUUAUGCUGAGUAUUUUGUUGCGACAUUUCUGUGGGAUCAUUUCAUUAACUUGAAGAACAUUAUUAAAAAUAUUUUGAGCGUGAAACAGGGAAUAAGACAAUUUUUCAUUAGAAUUAUUGAAAAAAAUAUCAAAUUGUUUGUAACGAAAAUCGCACAAGAGACGUCCUUCGAUUUUAAAGAUGUCGUUUUUUGGGCUUGUGAAAGUAAUGCUGUAGAGUUGUUGAAAUAUGUUCUUUCAAAAAAAUUUCUGUUCAGGCCAAGUGAGGUCCAAAUGCUUCAAACUGCCAUUAAAAACGGCAGUGACAAAAUAUGUUCCUAUUUGAUCGAUGACUGUAAAGUACAUCCCGAUGUUAAGUAUGGUGGUCUAACUCCUUUACAUUCGGCCAUAAAAUGCGGACAUAUUUAUUUAGUACAAUUAUUGCUAGGAAAAGGAGCUGACUUAAACAUUCGAAACACAGAGGGAUGGGCAGCCCUACAUUAUGCGGUUCAUCACAAACAGAUGGCUAUUUCAAAUUUUUUGAUCGAUAAAGGCACAAACAUGAACUCCAUAACCAAAAACAGAUGGAAUGCACUUCACAUAGCUUGUAAUAAUGGUGAUGCUGAAAUGACGAGAAUGCUAAUACAAAAAGGCAUACGGUACAAUGUAACGACAAACGAACGUAAAACUCCUCUGGAUUUAGCUGUGAUCGGAGGACACACAGAAGUUGUUAACAUUUUAAUUGAAAAUUUGAUUGAAAAUCAUCCUUUUCUCUGGAAAAUUGACGAUGCAUUAUGGACAGUUCUUCGUAUUGGUUAUGACUCUUUGAAGCAAAUGCUAAUAAGGCAAAUUGACAAAUUGCCUGCACUAUCAAUGUAUUUAGUUGAUCUUGACAUUGUAGCUUGGGAAGGAAUAAUUAAAAAAGUUGGGAGAUUGAUAAACGAUGGUGCCAAUGUUAAUGCGCAGAAUAGUAUAGGUUAUACAGCUCUACAUCUCAGUGCAUCUGAAGGAAACUGUCGUGUUGUGGAGUUCCUGCUUGGUAAAGGUGCUGACGUAAACGCUGUUGACACAAAUGAUUCGAUACCGCUUCAUUUUGCAUGCCAGAAUGGUCAUAUAGAGGUUGUGAUAAUAUUGAUUAGGGAAAAAGCCAACAUUGACGCAUUGACUAAAAAAAAGUACACACCGCUUCAUUGGGCAUGUCACAAUGGUCACAAAGAAGUUGUGAAAAUAUUAAUUCGGGAAAAAGCCAACAUUAACGCAUUAACUGAAAAGAAUUUCACACCGCUUCAUCAGGCAUGCCAAAGUGGUCAUAAAGAGGUUGUAGAAAUAUUAAUUCGGGAAAACGUCAACAUCGACGCAUUGACUGACGCAAAUUGCACACCACUUCAUUGGGCAUGUCACAAUGGCCACAAAGAAGUUGUGGAAAUAUUAAUUCGGGAAAAAGCGAAUAUUGAAGCAUUGACUGAAAAAAGGUACACACCGCUUCAUUGUGCAUGCCAAAAUGGUCACAAAGAAGUUGUAGAAAUAUUGAUUAGAGAAAAAGCCAACAUUCAUGCAUUGGCUCACGAGAAUUACACACCGCUCCAUUGGGCAUGUCACAAUGGCCACAAAGAAGUUGUAGAAAUAUUAAUUCGAGAAAAAGCGAACAUUGAAGCAUUGACUGAAAAACAGUACACACCGCUUCAUUGUGCAAGCUAUAAUGGUCAUAAAGAGAUUGUGGAUAUAUUGAAUAGAGAAAAAUCCAGAAUAGGCGCGUUCAUUCAGAAACAAAACACUCUGCUCCGUAAGGCAUGCCAGAAUGGGCAUAAAGACGUUGUGGAAAUAUUGAUUAGGGAAAAAGCCGACAUAAACGCAAUAAACCAAAACAAGGAAACACCGCUUCAUUGGGCAUGCCACAAUGGUCAUAAAGAGGUUGUGGAAAUAUUAAUUAGGGAAAAAGCCAACAUUAACGCAUUGACAAACGAGAAUUGCACACCGCUUCAUUUUGCAUGUCAAAAUGGCCAUAUAGAGAUUGUACAAAUAUUAAUCAGGGAAAAAGCCAACAUUAACGCAUUGACUGACGCAAACUGCACACCGAUUCACUGGGCAUGCUACAAUGGCCAUAAAGAAGUUGUGGAAUUAUUAAUUCGGGAAAAAGCCAACAUUAACGCAUUGGCUGAACAGAGGUACACACCGCUCCAUUUUGCAUGCCAAAAUGGUCACAAACAGAUUGUGGAAAUAUUAAUUAGGGAAAAAACCAACAUUGAAGCAUUGGCUCACGAGAAUUGCACACCGCUUCAUUGGGCAUGCCACAAUGGCCACAAAGAAGUUGUGGAAUUAUUAAUUAGGGAAAAUGCCAACAUUGAAGCAUUGACUGAAAAAAAGUACACACCGCUUCAUUGUGCAUGCCAAAAUGGUCAUGAAGACGUUGUAAAAAUUUUAAUUCGGGAAAAAGCCAACAUCGACGCAUUGACUGACGAGAAUUGCACACCGCUUCAUUUGGGAUUCCACAAUGGUCAUACACAAGUGGUAGAGAUAUUAAUGACAGAAAAAGCCAAAAUUGACGCAUUUAUUCAGAAAACACUUCUUCAUUUGGCGUGCCAGAAUGGGCAUAAAGAGGUUGUGGAAUUAUUUAUUAGGGAAAAAGCCGAUAUCGACGCAUUGACUGGCGCGAGUUACACACCGCUUCAUUGGGCUGGCCAUAAUGGUCAAGAACAGAUGAAGGAAAUAUUAUUGAGAGAAAAGGCCAAAAUUGACGCUUUUGUUCAUAAACAAAACACACUGCUUCAUUUGGCAUGCCAAAAUGGUCAUAAAGAGAUUGUGGAAAUAAUAAUUGGGGAAAAUGCCAACAUUAAUGCAAUGAAUGAAAAUAACUAUACACCGCUUCAUUUGGCGUGUCAGAAUGGUCAUAAAGAUGUUGUAGAAAUAUUAAUUAGGGAAAAAGCCAACAUAAACGCCAUGAAUAAGAGAAAGGACACACCGCUUCAUUGGGCAUGCCACAAUGGUCAUAAUGAGGUUGUGGAAAUAUUAAUUAGGGAAAAUGCCAAUAUUGACGCAUUGACUAACGAGAAUUGCACACCGCUUCAUUUUGCAUGCCAGAAUGGUCAUAUAGAGGUUGUGAAAAUAUUGAUUAGGGAAAAAGCCAACAUUGACGCAUUGUCUGACGCGAGUUGUACUCCGCUUCAUUGGGCAUGCUACAAUGGUCAUAAAGAAGUUGUGGAAUUAUUAAUUAUGGAAAAAGCCAACAUUAACGCAUUGACUGAACAGAAGUACACACCGCUCCAUUUUGCAUGCCAAAAUGGCCAUAAAGAUGUUGUGGAAAUAAUGAUUAGCGAAAAAGCCAACAUUGACGCAUUGGCACACGAGAAUUGCACACCGCUUCAUUGGGCAUGUCACAAUGGUCAUAAAGAGGUUGUGGAAAUAUUAAUUAGGGAAAAAUCCGAUAUUGAAGCAUUGACUGAGAAAAAUUACACACCGCUUCAUUGUGCACUCAAAAAUGGUCAUAAAGAGGUUGUGGAAAUAUUAAUGCGGGAAAAAGCCAAAAAUGAGGUAUUGAGUGCCUUUAAGGACGAUCGUCCAUAAAUCCCAAUUUAACAUUGAACCACAACUCAAAUCUCAAGAUUUAACCAACCAAUGACAGUGUAAUUUUUAUGUUGUUCUUGCUCAUUUGUCAUACGUUUAAAAUAAGAAGAUCCGGUGUGUUGGUGUCGGUAUUUAUGAUAUUUGCGCACUUAAAGUCGUGAGUAUAUGCAAAAGUCGGCCAUUGUGGCGGCCAUCUUGGGAUUCUAACGAGGUUGUCACACCACAUCAUUGUGCAUGUCCAAAGGGUCAUUACAAGGUGGUGGAAAUAUUGAUUAGGGAAAAAGACAGAACACCGCUCCAUUUUGCAUGUCAUAAAGAAGUUAGGAUAGCAUAUAGCAUGGUGAAGCCGACCGCACAUAUUCGGAGUGUCAGAUCCUGAGUUGGCUGUCGAUAAAGGUGGUCAAUGCGGCAGAAAAGUUUCCUGGGAGUUGACAUACCUUUUAUUGAACGACUUCUUUGUUUGACACCUGGUCAGGGCCUAUUACGAUCAACACGGAUGGGGAGGAAACGUUGAUUAGAUAUGUACUUAGAAAAAUAUCCAAAAACUUGCCCGAAUAAAAACUAACCAUAGGGUGUUUGGUGAAAAUCAUUCCUGCACCAUACAGUGUACCAGCUACAAUAAAGUGUAUUGUAAUGAAAUGGUUCACUAAAAGCUUUGCACAUUGUAGCUACUAUACAUUCACAUUCGAUUUUUAUGUAACAGUAUAUUAUACUGUUUUUCUUACGUUUGAACCAUUCACUUUUCCGAAACAUUAUUUUUCCGUGCAUUUUUAACUAUUCAGUUUUAGAUUUUUUUUUCCGUGCUUUGUUUUAUUGAUGUUUGUGCCUUUUUGAUGCAAAGGAAAGAAAAGAGAAAAAAGCGAAUAAGUUGAAACAUCAAUUUAAAGUUAAAAAAAUGCUUAAAUCAGUGGUAAACCAGAUGUCCUAAGAACUGCCGAUCCAAGAAAUAUGGUGGGCUAGGUAUGUAGAGCGCGAAGUCAACCCGAAAAGACGCCGGUCAGAUUACCGUAAAUCACUGGAUGAGUUCAACACUAUUCUUUAUGUAUUUGCAUUAAGGGGAGUUGUCUCCUCUUCUCUCAUGUGAACUUGCCUUCGACCACAAUCGAAUCAAACUUUAUCUUUGACGUAGAGCCAUCGUUAACAUAUGGACUGGACUGAACGCUGAAAUGGCUUCUAUACACGGAGAGACGAAACUACCCAAAAGUGAGUUCUUUCCACCUAACUUCGGGGUUGCGUGCAUCAAGCCAAUUUUGAGUUGAUAGAAUCGAUGUUUAUGUUAGGUUGUUCCCGCUUGCUUCCACGUGAAAAAAAAUACCUAAUUUUAAGUUUUUUUCACUCAACCGAAAUUUCGACUAGGUUGAAUUUACUCAAAUUUGAGCACUGUUAUAGAAACUCAGUGUUGGGUUGACGCACUGAACUGCAAAAGUUGGUCUGUUUUCUCUUCACUCCCUGACAACGAUAGAAAAAGCGCAUGAAAAGGGAGAGGAAAAAGAACUCAAAUUUGAGUUUCAAAGUACUAGUUUUGAGUUUUCCAGUUUCUCCGUGUAAAGGUUCGUCUGCGGGUUCGCUUUUCAACCUAACUUAUAUUUGAAUCGAACUUGACAGUUUUCUCAUGAGUUGUUAUGUAUUUCAAACUUUAGUCAAACUGGUGCCUCAAUAUUGCAGUAACGGUUAAGCACGCUGUAAUGAUACUUAUGUACCUCGUCACCCACUUCAUGCAAUUACAUUAGUGGUCUAAUAACACUUAGCGCGCUCGGCAUAGUUCCAUCAUGCCACUCAAAGUGUUGGCGCUAAUAAUGUUUAGUUUGCAAAACCCGGUUAUCUGGCUGGUGGGGCAUGGGGGCCUAAGCUUCAACUGUUAAUGCAAUCAGAGACUACUCAGACUUAGACGUGGGCGAUCCUUUAUUUGAAGGGUUAUUCAAAGCGCUCUGGGGAAAUCCCAAAGCGUAUUCUAAUAAAUCUAGUAAGCCUAAGAUGCUAUUAACUGGAGGAAAAUGAUAAGAUAAUAUAACAUUAUAUGGUUUAUGUAAUGUAAAACAAUACAACAUAACAAAAGAGAACCAUUCCUAAAUUAUUUGAAUAAAUGCAUAACCAGUAGGGUGUCCCAAAAUAGAAAAAGUGUCAAAAAGUUAACUUGCUCACCCUUAGAAUGAUAGAUUAGGGUCCGAGCAGCAAUAGUUCCAUACAUGGAAACUCAAUCAAAAAAUAUUUAGAGGUUGCACGCAUCGAUUUUAUGUAAAAUGGACGAUUUUUGGUAUUUUUACCAAAAAAAUGCUAAUAUGAGUUGAAAAAUAAAAGAAAUAAAAGCCAUCAAUCAAAGUAAAGCGUAGUUCUGGGUCCCGCAAACAAAGUUUGGAGGGAGUUUAGGUCAUCAAAGCUGAUUUUAUAUAUUUGGCAAAGGUUAAAAUAUCAAAAAAUCGCGAUUUUUUUCAUCAAAUUUUUCAAAAAUGCUCAACUUAUAAGGAUUUUAAAAUUUUUCCUGCGAUUCACAAUUCCCUUAUUUUAUAGCAAAUUUUGUGUAGAUUAUUUCGGCUGAAGACAGUUUUGAGCUAUCUCCUUCAUGAGCUGAGAUAUCGGUAUAAUAAUGAUAACACAAUCAAUGAAAAAAACAUGUUUUCUUACGUUAGUCGAUUUUGUUCACUAGUUUUCAUGACUACCAUGCAAUUAAAACAACACACGACAAAUUUUAGACAUUAUAGAACGUGCAAGUGUACAUUUUUGAAGAAUUUCAGGAAUUAUUGGAUUGCUUUGAUCAUUACUGAUUCAUACUGCAUGACAGUAACAAUAUGUAAAUGUUUUGAGAGUUAAGGUGACUUGGUGCAUCACAGAAUUUUCAUAGGAAUCAUUGACUUUUUAAUUUUCAAUGAUUGUUUGCCUCGCGUUUUUGAAGUGAUAAAAAACGGACAAUUCUGCAGUCACGCAGUAGAAAAAGUAUCAUCACACUCACCACGAGUGAGCAUAUGGGAUGAUACAUUUUCAUCCGAAUUUGCGCUUUGGUAACUGAGUUUUAUCACUUUGAAAUUUCGAGCGAGAUUUCAAUGAUGCUGAUGACGCACUACGCGUCGUUAAUCAUCGUUUUAUAUCUACACAUACUGAACAUAACUUUUCACACCCGCUUUGUGAACACGAAAAGAUUUUUUUCUGAGAUUUUAUCUGUUGAUCAGAUAACAGUAGGAAGCCACCGAUUCAAAACUUGUAAUUUUAGUUGAAAGUUAUGUUUUAACAAGUAAGCAGCGCAGCAGAAAGAUUUCAACAUUGGCAUUUCUUAGGUUAACACCUCUUGUAACACAUAAGGCUAGUCACUAAGUUUUAUUUAUUUGUUUUUUUUUAAUAGUGGAAUCUAAACAUCCUGAUGCUUUCUGAAAUCCAACCCUAGCUGCAAAUAUGUGCGCUAAUGGUUUGCUUUUAAAGUCAAAUUAUAUAAUAGAAAUCAAUAUUGUGUAAAGAAUUAGAUUUAGUCAAAAAUUGGCGAAUAAAAAGAAGAAAUACUAUCCUUAUAUUCAUGAAAAUACCUGAAUUUUCAUGCACAUAUUUAAUUUUUUAUGUCGAUUGGCUGGAACUAUAAAACUAUAUUUUUCUUUCUAACAGUUUUUAUUAGCUAUUUUAUUUUCAUUUUAGUUGUUUUCAAUGUUAGAGCAUUAGUUCUGGUAUAACUAGAAAGAACCUAUAUGUAUGCUUAACAAGAGCACCAAAAUCUAUUUGAAAAAGGUAAACAUUGUUGAGCGAUCUACACAUCACUCAAAAUAUAUCAUAGAACUUCACAUAUGGAAUUUGAUUGUCUGACUUGCGAUCACUUAUAUUAUUGAAAUAUCGCAGCGAGCCACUUUUUUAGUCUUUCUUUGAACCGGUAAGCACAAUCAAUGUAAAAUUAUCAAAGUAACCCAAUUAUUUCUGAAAAUCUUAAAAAAUGUAUACUUGCAUAACAUAACAUGUCAAAAACUUGUUAUUUGCUUUUUUGCAUGGUAGUCAUAGAAACUAAUGAACAAAACAAAUAACACAAGAAAAUCUGAUUUUUUUCAUUGAUUGUGUUAUCAUUAUUAUGCCGAUAUCUCAACUCAUGAAGGAGAUAUCUCAAAACUGUCUUCAGCCGAAAUAAUCUACACAAAAUUUGCUAUAAAAUAAGGGAAUUGUGAAUCGCAGAAAAAAAAUUUAAAAAUGGGGUGGGACACUCAAUUUCGUAUUAGAAAUAUUAAUGAUAUUAAUGCCGAUAUUAUAAUUAUUAUCAAGUGCUCAUUGAUUUAUUUUCCAUUGUUUUAGCAAUAUAUGUUUUAGCUGUCAAUACGGUCAAAACAACACGUUUGAACUUUCUGGAGGAUGGGAGGGGGGUUGGUAUUGGUGGAGGUACCAAACAAUUUUGAGGAGAAUUACCGGUAAGGUUACGACGAGGAAUCGAUUUGGCACCUCCGUCAGCUUAAUUUUGUGCAAGUCAUUUAAAUUUGACUCAGCUAGGGUGUUUUACAUUUGGACAUAACUCGGCCGAUCCCACGGGAGUCGAGAAAUAUGCUUGUUGGGAGAAAUUCCGCAGAACCGUAAUAAGUUGAUUUGAUGCUUGUAGCUGAUUUUAAUCAACGUGUGCAGCCAGGGUGUUCUAGGUGAUUGCAGAAUCUAUUUUCUGCUGAAAUGAAAUCUGGUGAGGCAGUUGAUACACCUUGGGGAUGAAAGGUAUGUGAUUGAACGGUAUCUGGAGAACGAGGGAACUGUGGGAAUUUUAUUUCAUGGUGCAAGAUUAUGUAUUGUUUAACAUACAUUCAUAAUUAGGUAUAUAUAAUCUCAAGCUUAUAUUUCAUAGUACAUCCGUACCCUAUCUAUUUGUUGGGUAAUACGACGGGGUGCCAGUCUAACGGUUACCGCUUCUGAUUCACUUUCGGAAAUAGGAAUAAGUUCCACUAACACGCCCAGGUUCAUCAUCAUCAGGAAUAAGUCUAAAAUUGAAUGAAAAGUUUUCUUUGCGAUAAUUUAUUAAGAUAACACUUUAAGCUUACCUUCAUAUGACAUUUUCAUUGUGUAUGAAAAAUCACAGCAACCUUGAUGUCCAUCAUCGAUAUUAAUGAAUUAAUAUGAUAUUAAUCGAAUAUUAAUGGAUAUUACUGCCAAUAUUAAUGAGUGUCCCACCCCAUGAUUUAAAAUCCUUAUAAAUUGAGCCUUUUUGGAAAAUUUGGUGAAAAAAAUCGCGUUUUUUUGAUAUUUUAACCUUUGCCAAAUACAUAAAAUCAGUUUUGACGACCCAAACUCCCUCCAAACUUUGUUUGCGGGACCCAGAACUACGAUUUACUUUGAUUGAUGACUUUUAUUUCUUUUAUUUUUCAACUCAUAUUAGCAUUUUUUUGGUAAAUAUACCAAAAAUCGUCCAUUUUUCAUAAAAUCGAUGCGUGCAACCUCUAAAUAUUUUUUGAUUGAGUUUUCAUGUAUGGAACUAUUGUUGCUAGGACUCUAAUCUAUCAUUCUAAGGGUGAGCAAGUUAACUUUUUGACACUUUUUCUAUUUUGGGGCACCCUAAUAACCAGUAAUAAAAUAACAAUUAAAAAUAAUUUAUUUACGGUACAUUUUAUUGUUUGAAAUAAUUCAUGUACCAUAUAAUGUAAGGUAUAUUUGAACCCACGUAUCAGAAUUUAGAAAAAUUCAUUAACAAUAAAAUUUAUGGUUUUGCAAAUAUAUAUAUAUGGAGAAACAUAUUUUUUAUAUUGUUACGAUAGUUAACUUAACAACCUGUAUUUGCAAUUCACGUUAUGGUGUCUACAUUACCUCUUAUUGUUUUUGUAUUUUUUUACAAUUGGGUUUUUAAAUUAAGAAAAAUGUUUUGAUUUUUUGAUUUUAUACAAAAGAGCACUUUUUUCUGAACCACUAUGAUUUUUUUUUCAGAUUUUUAGAACUUUAUUUUGGUACCUAAAAUCGAUUUCGAAGAGAUUUUUCGAAAUCACCUUUUGACAGCUGGGCAACUGCUUGACAGCUCCGCCCAGUACAAAAUGCGACGAGGGGUGAUUCGACAAAUCGCUCCCAUACAAAUUUCAAAUUGAUUUUUAAAUAGGUUCCCGGGCACCAAAAUUCAUGAAAAUUUGGAUUUCGGCUCAGUUUUGCAUGCAGAUUCUGAAUAUGGAAUUAUCUCAACACCGUUAAAGAAGCCAAUUGUGUCUAUUGUAAAAAUAUGGUUCUAUAUAGUACUGCUACAACGUUCGGAUUUUCUACUGUAUUUUUUAUUCGGGUGGGCUACCUUCAUAGAGAUCUGGACUUGGAAUUUGAAUGCUUUUCAUGGCGAAAAGGCAGAAGUGUAGAUAUACAUAUAUACAUAUAUAUAAAUGAAAAUUUAAUUAAUUUACCUGAUUACACCUUAUACAGUAAUAAUUACUGUGCCUUAUAGAGCCUUUGGUGGAACAAACAGAAAAUAGGUAUGAAGAAAGAAGGGUAUUGAGUUUGCCUUUAUGAAACAAAAGUAGUACAUGUUGAAUGAAGAAAAACAACCUUACCAUCCUAUAAAAGUAAGCCGCCUUUGCAGCAGCUUGAGCAUGGGCGUGUCGGCGGACCAGGGACAUAGUAAGAUCAAACACGCAGCGGAAACGGGAAUUCCGAGAUUAGAAAAAUAAACUACGCGAAGACUCGAGUUCAUUUGUUUGUUUUUAUUUUACGAAUGAAAAAUACACUGUAGUGGUAAAAACGCUUCUCUCUUAUAAAGCAAUCGCUUGCUGAUCAGGGGUGAAUUCGCGCACAGGGAUGUUGUGUGUAAAAUUGUGUUUAUGUAAGCAACAAAUGUACCUCUCGAACAUUGCAAAAACUUGAAAUAAAAUACUUCUCUGAGAA